AUGGCUCGUCCGCAGGUUUUCUUCGACAUCACCAUUGGCGGUAAGGCAUCAGGCCGUAUUGUCAUGGAGUUAUACUCUGAUAUUGUCCCUAAAACGGCAGAGAAUUUUCGCGCGCUGUGCACCGGUGAGAAAGGAAUUGGCAAGUCUGGCAAGCCGUUACACUACAAGGGAUGCAAAUUCCACCGUAUCAUUCCGAACUUCAUGAUCCAAGGAGGUGAUUUCACUCGUGGCAACGGAACUGGAGGCGAGUCCAUCUAUGGUGAGAAGUUCCCUGAUGAGAACUUUAAGGAGCGACACACAGGCCCAGGAGUUCUCUCCAUGGCGAAUGCUGGUCCAAACACGAAUGGAUCGCAGUUCUUCCUAUGUACUGUGAAGACUGAGUGGCUGGAUGGUAAACACGUUGUGUUCGGUCGUGUCGUUGAGGGCAUGGAUGUCGUGAAAGCGGUUGAAAGUCACGGAUCUCAGUCUGGAAAACCAUCGAAGGAUUGCGUGAUCGCCGACUGUGGACAACUCUAA